CGGGGUCAGAGGUGAGGGGUUGAAGGGGUGAAGAUUGGAAAGUGCCGGCUCUGCCGCGCCUGGCGGUCGUCAUGGAGGCAGUCACUGCUGAGGAGCUGCCUGAAGAGGAGGAAGAAAAACAAGAUCAGUUGUUGAAGCGGCAUCGGAAGGAGAAGAAGGAGCUGCAGGCCAAAAUUCAAAGUAUGAAAAAUGUUGUUCCCAAGAACGACAAAAAGAGGAGGAAGCAAUUGAUUGAGGAUGUUGCUAAAUUGGAAGGAGAAAUGGAACAGAGACACAAAGAAGAACUGGAGCAUUUGAAGCUGACUUCACAUGCGGAGAAUGAGAUAGACUCUGUUGUUAACAUUGCAAGUUUGGAUAUUGAGAAUCAGCAGCCUCGGAUAUCAAAAGCACAGAAGAGGCGGGAGAAGAAAGCUGCGUUGGAGAAGGAAAGAGAAGAAAGGAUAGCAGAAGCUGAAAUUGAAAACUUAUCUGGAGCCAGACAUCUAGAAAAUCAGAAACUUGCACGAAUUUUAGCUGCUAGACAUUUAGAGAUUAAACAGAUUCCAUCAGAUGGCCACUGUAUGUAUCGAGCUGUUGAAGACCAGCUGAAGGAACAGGAGUGCCCCCUGACUGUAGCUACUUUAAGAAGUCAAACUGCUGAAUAUAUGCAAAACCAUGUAGAAGACUUCCUGCCAUUCUUAACGAAUCCCAAUACGGGAGAUACAUAUACUCCAGAAGAGUUUGGAAAGUACUGUGAUGAUAUUGUAAACACAGCUGCAUGGGGAGGUCAGCUUGAGCUAAGAGCUCUGUCUCACAUUUUACAAACACCAAUAGAAGUAAUACAAGCAGAUUCUCCUCCGAUUGUAGUGGGUGAAGAAUAUUCAAACAAACCUUUAACACUUGUAUAUAUGAGACAUGCAUAUGGCUUAGGAGAGCAUUAUAAUUCUGUGAAACAACUGAUGGACACAGCUACUGAAAAUGGUAGCUAGUUUAUGAAGUUUGUACAAUUAUAUAUUGGUUCUGUGCAGUAUGACAAUCUGGGCAUUCAUAUGAAGGCCUGGACUAUUCCAAAGGGAAUUGAAUCUUUUCUUUUUUUUAAUUCUUUUUUCUUCCUCCUCUCUCCUUUUUCUUCUCCUUCCUCCUCUUUCUUCCUCUUUUUUUUUUUUUUUUUUGCAAAGCUACUAAUGGAUUUUGAACACACAUCAGAAAUAAACUCUAGUCUCCACUUAGUGGCAUUUUAAAAAGUUGUUUUGGUUGCAUCGUGUGAGAGCAGCAUAGGCAGAGCAGGUUGAGGACAAAGCCUCCAAAUAUUGGUAUUUAUUGUAUUCUAAAAUAGAUUUCCUCUAACGUGGUAUAAAUUUAAAAUGGUCAUAUUUUUUAAUUGUUAGUAAAAAGCUUUUAGUGUCUCAGUCUAACUCUUGAAAAUGUGAAUACUCAGCAAUUGUGUGGCAGUGGUGAUAGUGAAUUCUAAUACUCCUUUCAGAUGAGUUUGAAUGCUUAUAGCCUGAGUAUUAUUGAUAGAAUGAUCUGAAUUUUCUCCACAAUGUUAUUUUUAUAAAAUUAAGGUACUACUAAGAGCAUGCUUGAGUAAUCAAGAAUUUCAUAGUGUUUAUGCAGGUGUAAAUCAAAGUCAAGGACACCUAACAGUUUAUGCCUAAAGUGUGACACUUGUGAUUUUUUUAAAAACGUCUGUAAUUACUGAAUUUUUUCCCCCCAAGUAAGCUUUUAGACAUAUGUAUCUUAAUUCAUUAGAUAUUUAUUGCUAUUUUUAAAGGUUUAGACUCUGGAAUUAAUGUUAUACAUUUAUGAUUAUCUUAAAAACUUAUCCAUGUGCUUUGUAUUGCUUUACUCUUGAAUGUUCAGCUGCUAUCACAGCUAACUCCUAACCUUCCUCCAUAACUCCUCAGUUUGGUUUGCCUUUUCUGCAAAAAAUUUAGUUUCAUUUCUCCACACAUGGCUUGCGAUCUCAUCAUUCUACCCAAUUGAUUCUUUAGGGAAAUAUUGACUGCUUCUGUUUUUCUUCUCCUGUACAAAAUAAGGAAGAGACUAGGUCUCAUGAUCAAAAUGUCUGAAUUAACCAUGCUCACAUCUUCAAUUCCACUUUGCCUUUUUUUAAGCUUCCUGCUUUUCUUAAAAGCCCUACUUACUUGAUCCAUUUUACUGUAUUAUGUUAGCUUUCCAUUAAUUGAGCAUUAGAGGAUUGGUUAUAAUUCAGUUAUGGGUAAAAUGUAAAGUUACCAGUUGGGAGCCCGUUGCCCUGUAAUAUGUAGUAUGUUCAGUUAUAAAAGAUGGAUCUCUCUUAUCCCAAAGUGCAACAUGCCAUAAGAGGAUCCAUAUUUAGAUGGUGCUCCUAAAUCCUUUAUGUAAAUGCAUCAUUUGCUCUACAAAAAGGCAAGUGCAAAUAACUUUUGUUUUGUAUAUUUGUUUUUUGGAAGAGUGAAUACCAAUGCAAUGUCAACCUCAAAUUAAUAAUCUUUGUGUAUAUUUGCCCAAUAUGCAGAACUUUUUUGUAGAUAACUGAAGUUUAUAUGAUUUAAAAUAAAUGCUUUUUGAGUAAAAAAUAUACAAAAGAAUGGAAUUUUAAAGUAUUAAUGCUUUUGACCUGUUUUUUCUAAGUAAUCUCUAUAACUUUUAAGCAGUAAUAUUCAUAUGAAUUUGAUAUCAUGAAACAUGACAGGCAAAGUAGGUUAUCCAAAUAGGUUUAAAAGGUUUAAAAGCAAUUUUUCAUUUGGUAGCUAUCACAUUUUUAUCAUGAGAUGAAUAUUGUCUUGUUCAUGGGAUUUUAAAAAGCAGACAUGAACAAGAUUUCUAUUGGGAGAUGUUUUUUGUUUUUUUAAUAGAAUUUGUAUUUUGAUUCAACAUUACUUACCAUCAUUUAAGUAUUAACCUAAAAAUCAAAGUUUAAAUAAUGACAGAUGUUGAUUAAGUGCAACAUAUGUGCUAAUUUAGGUUUUUGUAUGAUAUAAAAUCUGGUCUAAUUGGAGCUUCAUAGGGUUUCCUUUGUCCUUAACUUGGAGCAGAAAGGGGUAUGUCAGAGUUCUGGAAUAUGUCUUUGUCCAAGUAUUUUAUCCACUUUAUUAUGUUUACAACUUGUAUAAAGUAAAAGAAUGUGUUUAAUUAUUGCGAGCAAUAUAGUUUUGCUCAUAUUAUGAGGCUUGCCAAAAGAAUAAUAAAAGAUGAAUGAAUCAA